GAGAGAGAGAGGAAGGGCCGGUCCUUCCUCGCUGCCCGCUUCGCCCCCGGUCUGCCCGCUCCGGCAGCCAGCGGCGAGGGGAGGGGAGAGGGAAGACCGGAGGAGGGCGCGGAGGCAGCGCCGUCACCAGAGGAGGCGGCGGCGAGGAGGAGGAGGAGGAGAAGCCGGAGCCGAGCCUCGCCUCGCAGCCCCUCCGCCGUCACCGCCUCGCCGUCCCCGGCCGCCGGAGACACCGGCGGCCGCCCGUCCUCAUGAUGGCCUCGACCCCCUGCACCCGCUUCACCGACGAGUACCAGCUCUUCGAGGAGCUCGGGAAAGGGGCGUUCUCCGUCGUGAGGAGGUGCAUGAAAAUCACCACAGGACAAGAGUACGCUGCCAAAAUCAUCAACACCAAAAAGCUCUCGGCUAGGGAUCACCAGAAACUGGAAAGGGAAGCUAGAAUCUGUCGCCUCUUGAAGCAUCCCAAUAUUGUGCGGCUCCAUGACAGCAUAUCAGAAGAAGGAUUCCAUUACCUAGUCUUUGACUUAGUCACUGGAGGUGAAUUGUUCGAAGAUAUAGUUGCAAGAGAAUAUUAUAGUGAAGCAGAUGCCAGUCAUUGCAUUCAGCAGAUCCUGGAGGCCGUGCUGCACUGCCAUCAGCUGGGCGUGGUCCAUCGCGACCUCAAGCCUGAGAACUUACUUCUAGCUAGCAAAUCAAAGGGAGCAGCAGUAAAACUGGCAGACUUUGGAUUGGCUAUAGAAGUCCAGGGAGAGCAGCAAGCUUGGUUUGGCUUUGCUGGUACCCCGGGAUACCUUUCUCCAGAAGUGUUACGAAAAGAUCCUUAUGGAAAACCUGUGGAUAUGUGGGCAUGUGGAGUCAUUCUGUAUAUCCUCCUGGUGGGAUACCCUCCGUUCUGGGAUGAAGACCAGCACAGGCUUUACCAGCAGAUCAAGGCUGGUGCUUAUGAUUUCCCCUCACCAGAAUGGGACACAGUGACUCCUGAAGCAAAAGACCUUAUCAACAAAAUGCUCACCAUCAACCCAGCGAAACGUAUCACAGCAUCAGAAGCACUAAAGCAUCCCUGGAUCUGUCAACGUUCUACUGUUGCCUCUAUGAUGCACAGACAAGAGACUGUAGAUUGCUUGAAGAAAUUCAAUGCCAGAAGAAAACUAAAGGGGGCCAUUUUGACAACAAUGCUGGCUACCAGAAAUUUCUCAGCAGCCAAGAGUUUACUGAAAAAGCCGGACGGAGUUAAGAUAAACAACAAAACCAACGUGGUAACCAGCCCCAAGGAAAAUAUUCCUACCCCGGCGCUGGAGCCCCAAACUACAGUAAUCCACAACCCUGAUGGAAAUAAGGAAUCAACAGAGAGUUCCAACACAACCAUCGAAGAUGAGGAUGUGAAAGCUCGUAAGCAGGAGAUUAUCAAGGUGACCGAGCAGUUGAUUGAAGCCAUCAACAACGGGGACUUUGAAGCUUACACGAAAAUCUGUGAUCCAGGCCUUACGUCUUUUGAACCUGAAGCUCUGGGUAAUCUGGUAGAAGGGAUGGACUUCCACCGGUUUUACUUUGAAAAUGCUCUGUCCAAGAGUAACAAGCCGAUCCACACGAUCAUCCUGAACCCGCACGUGCACCUGGUGGGCGAGGACGCGGCCUGCAUCGCCUACAUCCGCCUCACGCAGUACAUGGACGGCAGCGGCAUGCCCAAGACCAUGCAGUCCGAGGAGACGCGCGUCUGGCACCGCCGCGACGGCAAGUGGCAGAACGUCCAUUUCCACCGCUCAGGCUCGCCCACAGUACCUAUCAAUGCCUAGCGCAGAGGGAUCCCCACCGCGGCUCCGGCCCCUACCUGCUACGCUAAAAAUAUCAGCGGUGCCGCUCUUGCAUUUUCUGUACCCAACGCACCCGGUUGAUUUACCAUCUUGGCCAUCCCGUUCUCUUCAUGCAUGUUUCUGAGUGCAUGGAGUCGUGAAGGUUCUUCAUGUAACACAUUUGUGACGCACCACGUUGCUGUAUAUUCCAUCUGUACACUGUUAGCAUUUCAAUGAAGGCGAUGUUCCAUGCAAAUAGAGAAUAACAAGGAGUAAAAAAAGGCAAAAAAAAAAAAAAAAAAGAAAUAAAAAUGUUGGAUGGACGGCAGUAGAUACACAAUACAUCUGUCACUUCCUCCAUUUAUGCCAAGUUUUGAGAGAUAACUUUAAAAACUAUCCUGUUUAUUAAAAAAAAAAAAAGGAAAAAAAAAAAAGAAAAAGUAUAUUUUACCUUCUUUUUUUAAGAACUGUUUUUUGACUCCUCCUUUUCCCCCCGAGUCCCAGGAUUUUGCUUUGGUUCUGGUAGGAAUGGUUAGGAUUUCCGCUGGCAGCUCCGUUACUGUCAAACAGAUUUUUGUUACGGCACGUACAUGGGCAAAAUCACUGAUAAAUGUGGAAGUGAUAAUAUCUUGGCUUUGGACCAGCUGAAGCCUUCUUAGUCUAUUAGUCUGUGUAAACUGGAAAAAGCUCCUUAUUUGCUGGCUUGGCCACUCCAGAAUUAACUGUCAGUGUUCUGGUGAGUCAGCAGCUUCUGUUUUCCCGUGGAGUCCUUUUUGCUUUCUUAUUUUGCUUAACUGAAAAUUCCUAUUGGAUGAUUAAGCAAAAUUAAAAAAUUGUAAGGAAUUAAGAGGUAAUUGAGAGGCAUUUUCGAGGAUUAAAAUGGAAGGAGAGAGAAAGAUUUUUAUCGCUUUUAGGAUGUACUGUAAAUUUUUUAAGGAGGCUUUAAAAAAAUAUAAACUAUAAUAUGUUGGUUAAUCUGUAGACCAGUUGUGUGGUUGAUAUACUCGAGAAAUAUUAGGCCUUAAAGCUGAGUAUGAAGAGUUUACUUACAUUACACUGCUGCUGUUGCUUCUCUGGAAAUGAGUUAUGGACACACCGGUUUUACCACAGAUUUGUCUCCCCCUCUUCCCCCUCAACGCGCUGUUGGUUUCUUAAGCUCCUGGUGCAGCGUAUGGUGCCGAGCCCAGCGAUUCCCACAGUGAUUCCCACAGCGAUCCCGUUGGGUUUGGCCGGAGGCAGCCAAAGGAGGGACACUGCUGCCAGCGCAGAACGCAAACCUCGUAACGGGGACUAGUUUUCCUUCCCUCACGUUGCUGUGAAAAUACGUCCUCGCAAGAAUUUCGGUUUCCUCCCUUCCAUUCCCGAUAGCAGAGCGCAGGGAUGGGUUGUUUUUGUUUUUCCCAUUGGUUACUGGUUCUGUUGGCAGGGCUCCCUGCUCUCCACGGCGCUGUACAGUGCAUGGGAUCUCCAUCACGCUCCUUUUUAGCCGUUAAAAACUUACAACUCUGCAGCCUGAAGUUUUUAAAAUGGGAAAAGCUUCCUAAUUUGUAUCAUUUCACCUUUCUGUGUCGAUGACUAAUCAAAAGCAGUUCUUAAACAUGUCGAUGUUGUUACUAGUGGAUGUAUGGUAGAUGGAUUUAAGCUUCUCUGAUAAUUACUACAUGAUUUUAAACAAUAUAUAUUUAAAAUAAGCAUCUACAAUAAAUGUGUUGAGCCAUAUUAACCUGCCAAUGGGAUCUGUGAAAAAAGUAAUGGCCUCGUUUUUUUUUUUCAUUAAUUUCUUUACUCUUUUUUUUUUUUUUUUUUUUUUGUGAAGCGGCUAUAAGUGGCAUAACUGUAUUUAAAAUUAACAAAUUAGGUGUAGGGUGUUUUUUUUUUUUAUACUUCUAACAUAGCAUGUGGUGUUGACGUAUUACUGUAGACCAAGUUUGUCUUCCACACCAAGACGUGAGGAAAUUGUGAUUUGUUCUCUCCACCACAACUGAAUUAUACACUUCUGUCAUUUUGGAACACUGCAGUUUACCAUGGGACACAGUGUACAUAUUUCUUGCCAUAAUGGUAAAUGAUUGAUAUAUUUAAGGAUUAAUAAAUUUGUGAUUUCUGCUGA